AUGGGAAUGGAGUGGAGUGGAACAGAAGACCAAGACGGCAAAAGGGAGGAACGCAAAGCGCAAAGCGGGGCAAAAGAGGAAAUCCGCUCAGAGAGACGGGAGACAAGAAAUGUGGAGUGGGCCAGGGCCCCAGGGCGAGGGGGAGAAGGAGAAGGGGGGGGCUCUGGGUGGCAAAAGGAUUCUGAAAGAGGUUCUUUUCGGAUGGAGAGAGAACUCGAGCGAGCCAACGCUGCUCCUGCUUUCUGCCACAGCAGCCCUCUAGCCCCGGAGUAUCACAACCUAUCUAAGCCCCUGACUCUGACUAGGCCCUCGUCUUCCCCCACCCCCACCUCAGCGGCUACCGCUUUCUUCUCCCUCUACGACUACUAUCCCCCUCCAUCCCCACCCCCACCCCCCGACCCGUCCUCGUCGUCCUACUCCUACGUACUCCUCUCUAUCGUAGGGCUCAUCUUAGCCCCGUUUCCUACCCCUCCAUUUGCGUUCGCCUUGGGCCUUUCGACGUAUACCCAGCUCUCGUUCCGAUCUCCCAAAAGCGGUGCUUCGUCGGGACCCGCUGGGAGCCCCCUGUUCUUUUCUGCUCUGCUCUUCUCUGCCGCUCUGUUCUGUUCUGCCCUGCUCUGCUCUUCACUUCUGCUGAAUCCUGUGGCUCCAUCCGUCCAUCCUUCCAUCCAUCUGCCGGGGCCUUGCCCCCUUGCGGUGUGA